GCGGGACGGCUGCGGCGGGGCCGGGGGUCCCGAAGGUCCCGGAGGUCCCGAAGGUCCCGGGGCGUGUGGCCCGGCACGAGGCCCGCCCACCGCGGGCGGUGCUGGGCCGGCGACUGUGCCACCAGGUGGCCGCGCCACGCCCGGCCCGGCCCGGCCCGCCCCCGCUCCCGGCCCCCGCCGACAGCCGCGCCCCCGGCCCGAAAUAGCGCGGGGCGGGACUGGCACCGCCAUGGCGAGGCAACCUGCAAAGACGCUGUGGUACGACCGCCCGCGGUACGUCUACCUGGAGUUCUGCGUGGAGGACAGCACGGAUGUCAAGGUCAUCAUUGAGGACCAGCGGCUGGUGUUCAGUUGCAAAAACGCAGACGGCGUGGAGUUCUACAAUGAGAUCAACCUGUAUGCCAGGGUCAACUCCAAGGACUCACGGGAGAAGCGCUCUGACCGCUCCAUCACAUGUUUUAUGAGGAAGUGGAAGGAGAAAGUGGCCUGGCCCCGCAUCACCAAGGAGAACAUCAAGCCUGCCUGGCUCUCUGUGGACUUUGACAACUGGCGAGACUGGGAAGGGGACGAGGAGGUGGAGAGGGCCAUGGUGGAGCAGUAUGCAGAGCUCCUGGAGAAGGUGACGGACAAAGGGCCCCCCCCGGCCAUGGACGACCUGGACUUCGCCACCAGGGUGGUGUCGUGCCGGGCGGCGGAGCUGCGGCCCGAGGGCGGCGGGGAGCCGGUGCGCGGGUUCCAGGUGGUGCUGGAGGACACCAUCCUCUUCCCCGAGGGCGGCGGGCAGCCGGACGACCGCGGCCUUAUCGGUGAUGUGCCGGUGCUGCGCGUGACCCGGCGGGGCCCCGAGGCCGUUCACUUCGUGCAGGCGGCGCUGGAGCCGGGCGCCGAGGUGCUGCUGUCGCUGGACUGGGAGCGUCGCUUCGACCACAUGCAGCAGCAUUCAGGACAGCAUCUCAUCACUGCCAUCGCGGAACAGAUGUUUGGGUUCAAGACAACCUCAUGGGAGCUGGGCCGUCAGCGAAGUGUCAUUGAGCUGGACACCCCCUCCAUGACAGCAGAGCAAGUAGAGGCCCUGGAGAGGAGUGUGAAUGAGAAAAUCCGGGAGAGGGUCCCCGUGAUGGUGAGGGAACUGGCUGCAGAUGACCCUGAAAUUGAAACAGUGAGAAGCCGCGGUUUGCCAGAUGACCACGCGGGGCCAGUGCGAGUGGUUGACAUCGAAGGCAUAGACUCCAACAUGUGCUGUGGGACUCAUGUCUCCAACCUGAGUGACUUGCAGGUUAUUAAACUCCUUGGCACAGAAAAAGGGAAAAAGAACAAAAUCAACUUGGUUUUCCUGGCAGGAAACAGAGUGCUGAAGUCAGUCGAACAAAGUCACAGUACUGAGAAGGCUCUAACCUCACUGCUCAAAAAUGGGCCAGGUGAGCACGUAGAGGCUGUGAAGAGACUGCAGAGUUCUGUGAAACUGCUCCAGAAGAAUAACUUGAACCUUCUUAGAGACAUUGCUGUUUUGAUAGCCCGGGAUUUCAAGAGCAAACCUGUUCAAAGCCAGCUGUUUGUGUUACACAGGAAAGAGGGUGACUCUGAAUUUAUGAAUAUCAUCGCUAAUGAGAUUGGGACAGAGGAAACCCUGCUGUUCCUGACUGUGGGAGAUGAAAAAGAAGCAGGACUCUUUCUUCUAGCUGGACCUGUUGAAGCGGUUGAGAAUUUAGGUCCCAGGGUGGCAGAGCUGCUGGGAGGCAAAGGAGCUGGGAAGCGAGGCCGCUUCCAGGGCAAGGCAACCAAGAUGAGUCGGCGAGGAGAAGUGCAAGCCCUGCUCCAGGAAUUCGUCAGCCACGGAAGCCCCGAAGCCUAAGAAACAAUUCUCAAAGUGGGGCUGUCUUCCCUGCUUUGCAUAAGCUCCACCAACUUCUCUCCCAGAGAAUAAAGACAUAAAACCAAA